GAGAGAAGCAUCAGCAUGCAUUUAUCUGUUCUAGGCACUUCAAAAAAAGUGAUGGAGUACAACCUGCCCAGGGAGUGCAUCCAAAACUACUUCCCCUCCAGAAAGUGCUUCACUUUCCCGUUUCCAACUGCCCCAGAGAAUGUGUCACGUCUUGAAAAGUUGGAUUCUGCUGACUUUUCCUCUGACUUCCUGGAGGUCACAGAAAAUUUCUGCAAGUAUGCCUUUGAGAAGAGUGAAGUGAAAAAGCUGAAAGACGGAAUCACAGUAUCUGGCAGAGUUCUGGGUCAUCUGGCAAAAAAUUAUGUGGACACCAUCUCCAGUGGAGUUGUGCCAUGUCUGGAGAACGCUGUGAUCGCCAUGGCAAAGAUUGAAAAUGAGGCUGCAGUGAAGGACGGGCUUGAAAUUUACCAGAGUGGAAUGGAGAAGCUGAAGGACACCUUCCCGCUAGAACUGAAGGAUGUGUCCUCAGAACACCAACAUCUCAGCAGCACAGCGACACAAACCUUCAUGAAGCGUUCAUUCAGGGACAAUGAUGGGGGGUACCUGAAAACUCUAGAGGAAAAAAUUAAUAAACUCUUUGAUGAAUAUUUGCGUCAAAACGAGGAGGCUUCAAAGAGACAAUGUGAGGAUCUCCUGUCAGUCCUCUCUGGACCAAUGACAGAAAAACUCAAGCAGGGCUUUUAUGCCAAACCUGGCGGCUAUGAGCUCUUCUGCAAGGAUCUGGAGGACAUUGUGAAGAAUUACAACAGUCAGGCUAAUAAAGAAGUCAAGGCUGAAGAGGUCCUAGAGGAGUUUCUGAAGCAGAAAUCUGUGGAUUCUAAAGCCGUUCUGCAUGCAGACAAAAAACUGAGUGAGAAGGAAAAAAAGAUUAAGGAGGAAACAGAGAAAGCAGUCCUCCUGGAGCAGGAAAUCAAAGUUAAAGAAGAGAAGCAGCGACAGCUAGAAGAGAAGAUGGAAGCAGAGAGAAAGAGUAAUGAAGAGAGGAUGAGGCAGAUGAAGGAGAAGAUGGAUGAGGAGAUAAAACUUCAGAGAGAGGAGGCUGAGCGUGCCAUGGACAGUAAACUGAGGGAGCAGGCUGCUCUGUUGGAGAAGGGAUUUAAGGAGAAGGCAGACAGGAUGAAAGAGGAGAUGGAGGAGUUUAAGAGGCAGAAUGCUGAAGCUGAGAGUAAUAGAGCUAGAGAGUUUGCAGAGAUGUUAGAUAAUUCCAACAGGAGACACGAGGAAUCAAUGGCUGUGAUGAUGCAGCAACACAGAGAACAGAUGGAGGCCAUACAGCAGACGAAUUGUCGCUCUUCAGACGGAUGUUGCAUCUUGUGAAAUGUAUCAAUUCUGUGAUCUCCAAACUCAGGCAUUUAAUGGCACAAUGCAAUUUCAAUAUACAGUCAUGUGAAAAAGAAAGGACACCCUAUUGAAUUACAUGGUUUUCCAUAUUAGGACAUAAUAAAAAAUCACCUGGUCCUUGGCAGGUCUCAAAAUUUGGAAAAUAAAACCUCAGAUGAACAACAACACAUGACAUAUCACACCGUGUCACUAUAUAUUUAACAAAAAUAAAGCCAUUAUGGAAAUGCCAUGUGUGACAAAUUAAGGACACCCUAUGAUUAAAUUGCUUGUAGAUCCACUUUUAGUAGCAAUAACUUGAAGUAAUAAUUUUCUGUAUGACUUUUAUUGCAACAGAUUGAUUAUUUUCUGUUUCAGCUGUUCUGUUGUAGAUUUGCUGGUGUGCUUGGGAUCAUUGUCCUGUUGCAUGACCCAAUUUUGGCCAAGCAUUAGUUGUCAGGCUGGUGGCCUCACAUUUGACUCUAGAAUACUUUGGUAUAAAGUGGAUUCCAUGGUCAACUCAAUGACUGUGAGGUGCCCAGGUCCCGUGGCUACAAAACAAGCCCAAAAUCAUCACCCUUCCAUCAGCAUUCUUGACUUUUGGUAUGAGGUGUUUGUGCUGAUAUGCUCUUUUAGGUUUUCACCAAACGUGGCACUGUGCAUUAUGGCCAAACAACUCCACUUUGGUCUCGUCUGUUCAAAGGACAUUGUUCUAGAAGACUUAUGGUUUGUUCAGAUGCAACUUUGCAAACCUAAACUAUCCUGCCAUGUUCUUUUUAGAGAGAAGAGGCUUUCUUCUGGCAAACCUUCCAAACAUGCCAUACUUGCCCUGUCUUUUUCUUAUUGUAAUUUCACAACUUAAUCAUUUAACAUGUUAACUGAGGCCUGUAGAGUCUGAGGUGUAGUUCUUGGGUUUUUUGCAAUUUCUCAGAGUAUUGUACGGUCUGACCAAUGAGUGAAUUUCCUGGGACAUCCACUCCUGGGAAGGUCUUGAAUGUCUUCCACUGGUGAAUAAUCUUCCUCACUGUGGAAUGAUGGACUUCAAAUUGUUUGGAAAUGGCUGUAUUACUCUUCCCAGAUUGAUGGCAGCAACAACUGCUUCUCUAGGAUCAUUGCUGAUGUCUUUCCUCUUUGGCAUUGUGUUAACACACACCUGAAGGCUCCAGACCAGCAAACUGCCAAAACUUCUGCUUUACAUUUUCAAUAGGGUGUCCUUUCUUUUUCACAUGACUGUAUAUAGACGCAUACUUUUACAAUAAAGCAAAUACAAUUUAUCUUUUUCUAUCUCCACAUCGAACAGUGAUUCCUUAAUUAUGGAUAUGAUGGAAUAGGAAAUUUAAUUUUCACUUCACAAGCAUGUUUUGUGUCUCCAGUAUAAAUGGCCUAUGAUCUAUCAUAAUGAAAUGUUUAUUUGACAUUACAAAUUAAUUGUAAACUGUCACAAUUAAGGUUAACUACUAAUAAUUUUUCCUGACAUUGCACAACAUAUUUGUAAAAACACAAUAUAUCUGUGUGUGUGUGAGGUUAAGAAAGUGAAUGCUGUCAUUAUUUAGACAAGUAACAGACGAAUGAUGAGCUAAUUGGUCAUUUGUGUACACAUUUGUCAAGUUUCUCUGUAGUGAAAUUAUGCCAGCUGUAUGUUCCACUAACCAAUACAAUAAAA